AUGUCUCCCAGUGCUCACAAGCUGCAGGGCUUAAUUGGGUCUGACCAGCUUUCCAGUUAUGCGAUUUUAGGACACAAAUGGGAGGCGACUAACUUCUGCAAACCAGGCAUCUGCUUUGGAACGAACUACACCAUCCUGCACAUGGAGAUACCGGACAACCCGAGCAAGCCCUGUCUGACCUGCACCAAGCAAUGGUGUCUGAACCAGAAUCUUCCCAUUUGUGCGGGUGCCAAGAUUGGAGAUACUAACCCGGACACUGGGACAGGGAAAGAGGGGGACGUCGAGGCCCGGUGUUUCCAGCGCGAUUCGCCCAGGGACCAGCUCGUGGUGACCCUCUUCCUCCUCACCGUAUUCGGCCUGCUACUUGGCGUAGGUAUCAAGAAUAGAAUGAUCAAGGCCGGCCUCGAUACUAGCUCGCCGUGGAACGCGGGUCGGCGGUGGUGGGAGGUGCGUUGA